AUGCACUCCAUCCAUCAGUCAUGCCGACCGAAGCAUCAGGUCUUGAUCUUGAAAUGCUAUCCCAAGUUCCAGAAAGGUGUGCAGGAGGUCAAACCCAAUUCCUCAGAGCUCAGCUACCUCCUCUACUAUGCGAGCACGCGACGAAGCAAGCUCCAAAAGGUGGGCGCAUUCCUGGAGAAGAGAGCUGCUAGGGAUGUGUGGAGGGGGAAACUCGGAAAUGUCCAAGUUACUCUCCAGAUUCUUGCGGCACUCAUUGAGAAGAUUCCACGCGACCUACCCUUAUAUGCGCUUUCUGUCCUGACAAUAAUCGAUACCGUUCUCCGCUCGAACGAUCUGUCAAUGGUGGAGGAGACCGUGGAGACUUUCGAUGUGUUUUGUCGUCAUCAGGACAUGGCCGCCCUCACUGCUGAUCAACAAUGUGUCAACCUAUAUCGAGAAAUUGUCAGAAAUUAUGCUAAUUUUGUUUCAACUGAAUCUACGACUCCAUCGAGAACGUCUCUUGCACUCCCGCUCCGUCUGCGAUGGCGAAAAGUUGGCUUGCAGGCUAUUAAAAGUGUAGUUAGCUCCGAAGCCCUGGCGUCGGACGGGAUGAAGCAGUUGAAUAUCGUGGUACCAGUGAUCUUGGAUAAUCUUUAUUCUACUGAGGACUUGCUUCCAUUGCAGGAGAAGGCUUUGACUUCAGAAAAGUUAGAACGGGAACUUGCGCGACGGAGAAGAACGAGUACUGCCACUGUCCAGACGGCCGAUACGACGGAUGGGGACCCGACUACCGCUUCAGGAACCACCGCUGAUUCGGAUAGAGUCGCUGAAGUAGAAACCAGGGUGUUGGCAUUACGCUGUCUGGAGAAAAUUUUUGCAACUGGUAGCAAUAGGAGCCAAAUUCGUAUUGCAACCUCCCUCCUACUGCAGUUCAUUGUGAGCAAGCGGCCUCCCCGUCACUACAACCUGGAACAACACCCCGAUUCUUCUGCUGCCGGUGGUAGCUGGGCUACAAACUUGAUGGAGAUAAUCGCCAAGUGGUCACCUGUGCAGGAACGCUUCGUUAUCCUCAUUACAAGUAUGGAAAUGCUUGUCAACACCCCCAUGGUGGACGAAAAAUUAGAAACGCAAUUGAUUCUUGCUUCGAUGGUGGAUUGGUUACUGAGCUCCCCCAACAAUCUUAUAGGGCUGAGCGUCAUGGAUGUUCUCAUUAGCUUGCUUCAACGUCUUCUACUCCUUUUACAGCUUGGAAACCGCUCAAUGAGAAUGGUGGACCAACGCCCAUCUGGGAAUGUCAAUCAACUUCCAAAUGUCGAAGAAGCCGCGGAAGAACCGUUCACAGAGCCGAGCGCUCAUUGUAUGCGACAAGCUGAGGAUUAUGGGACAGUUAUCCCGUGGGAGUUGCGCCUAGAAUUAGUGGAGCUCCUGCAAAAGUGUGUCGGGUCUUUGGCCACCCAUAUUUACUACGCUGAACAGGUUUCCGACAUGAUUCGAACGAUUGUUUCGCGACUCAAGCCAUCUACAGCAUCUGAGCUGUCAAGUAGUGAGUCUGAAGGUGAUUUGACCAUUGCUUUCGGCAGUGCAGAAGAUGUGGGAGCGGAUAUAUACUUCUCCUCUCCGGCAGCUCGAGUGGUAGCUUUGAGAUGCAUCAAGAAUAUUUUACUUGCAAAUGUACGCAAGCCCGAGACUGCGGCGGGAGUCGAUACGCGUAAUCGAGUUAACAUAUGGGUGUGGGAGGGUACCCAGUGGCUUCUACGAGAUCCAGAUCGCGAGGUUAAACAUGCAUACGUUGAUGCAUUCCUUUCCUGGUUGCAAUUAGAAACAACGAGAGAUGAUUUCAGGACUACGUUUGAAACCAACAAGAAAGCGCCCAAGCCAGGUCCGAAACGUGAUGUUUCCGAGCCAUCCGAUAAAUUGACGAGGAGAAUCGUUUCAACAAUAUCUCAGAGAGAUAAAGAUGCGGCAAUGGCUACAUCUUGUUUUCUCCAGCUCCUCCACCUUACGAUCUACGAUAUUGCGACGGAAUGUGCUACCGUGGAGUCCGAUAUAAUGCUCCUACACCUUCUGUUGGCUAAUCUUGUGGAAAAUAUGGGGGUUAAUGCCGCGAAGUAUGGGUUACCGAUGUUAAUGAGACUGCAGGAUGACUUUUUGUCCAACGAUGAAACAAUUUCUGAAACUGCUAGGCUCAAUAAUUCCAGUUUGGUUCAUGGAUAUCUGUGGGCGUUGGUUGAGAAAUUUGACCUUGAAGGGACGAACAUUGGCGAUGUUAUACUUGGUGAAAUUUCCAGGCGGAAGAAGAAUGGCGCUUGGUUUGACAAAAUACAGUUGCCACCACGACAACUGAAUUAUAUUGAACUCUCUGAAACAUCGAAUUACAUACAGAAUGUUCAAUUACGCCUUGACCGGAGCAUCUACACCUCUUUCACAGACCUCCCUGAGCUUGUAGCUCAAAUUGAAAAUGCCUACAAUACUAUUGUUAAAUCGCCGAAUACCAGUCCAACCAACUUUUCGGGCCGGGUAUUUUCCAUUCCAGUUCUUUCUCAGGGACAUGUCUCACUCGCACCAGGAAGAGUUCCACCGGAAGAACAACUUCCAACGACAGUGAGGGAGCACAUGCUAUCGCCGUGGUCGAAGGAGGACUGUUUAACUACCAUGAUUUCAGAUAGAGCGAUAUCAUCCUCUAUUAGCGGUUCGAGGGCUGGCACAACUGGGACACGAAACUAUCAUGCGGCAAAUGGAUAUAAAAACGGCAACGGAUCGACUACCGAAACGGAGCCUAUGCCUGCUAAUCCGCAACCGCCUCAUCACGAUGGCCCUAUUUUAGCCCCGGUUGGAACCGCGGGCGUUGUUACCGGCUUGCAGAAAUUAAGACGACAAAGUGUCCCUACAGGAUCAUAUACCUCGUUUGCAAGUUCGAGUCGAGAUUCGACAGUGAGAGUUAAUGAGCUUCGCCGGGUUCUGUCUGUGGUAAAGAGCAGCAAUGUCCGCCACUCCAGCCCUCUUCGCGGCCGUCAGAUCAUGCCUCGGGGAGUUGGAAGCAGUGGAUCUAGCUCGGAAAGUAUAGACAGUGAUGCGUUUUCUGCCUCUGAUGUAGGCAGCACAGCUGCUGGUGCCGGCGCCUCUUCGAAUAGGUCUCAAUCUCGUCGGGAUAGUCCAGAAACUCCAAAGGUCUCCCCUUCCAAUGGGGCACCUAGCGAAGAAAAAGAUGGACUUGAACAUGUCAGCCGUUCGCCAUCCACUGAUAUCCCACCAGUCCCUCCUCUUCCUACCACCCUCGCAAUACCGGGCGGGUUCCCAACGAAUACCUCAAGUGUUUCCUCACCAAUACCGUCACCGCCGUAUUCACCUGUUCCCUGCGAUCGUCCCUUGACAGCUCCAUCUCAGCCUCGUGCUCGACAAGCUACGAAGGGUCAACCCACCGUCAGCACCACACCGCGGCAGAGCAGAUCGUUGACUAGACAAAAGUCGCGAACGGCUGCUUACAACGGCUCUUCUGUUCCUAAACAAUCUACGGCCCCUGACGAUGAUACAGCUAGAGCUACAUCUACCGGAAACGGCAGAGCAUUCUCCAAGCAUGGACACAGAUCAGUCAGUCUGGGUCGACGCGUAGAUGUGGAUAAACUGCUUAAAGGUCUACUAGACGCCCCUGAAACGGAGCAAGAGGCAAACGGCGAUGUCGUGGAACUUGGUGGUACAGCCUCUCAAACCUGCCCGUCUAUACGGAUCAGUCAACAGCCCCCUGUUGGUGGGGAUGACGGCUACUACCUUGGUAGAGAGAGCCAGACUGUUACCCGAGUUCGCAGUGUUAGGGGGAUGGGAAGCGGAGUGAGAGGAACCAUUGCACGACCACCUUAUUAA